GGUGGUGGCAGGGUGGAGAGUGCGGCUCGCUUCCUUCAUCCCGAUCAAUGACACUGGUGCGUGUUAAGCGUUAAAAAGGUGUAAUCAUGUGCUUCGAGGUUUAACUUUGGACGGAAAACUCGGUAAAACUGAAAAACAAUAGCUGGCAAAACAGAUGAAAACAAUACAAUUAGACCCCCGAGUGAGCAAAUACUACACCUCUAGUUCUUUAGGUGAUAUCAGAAAACCGUAUAGAUUUCAAUGUUGCUAUUUGUGUACGCUGUUCAGUUACAUUGAUAUUGGACAAUGAAACGAAGAUAACCAAAAAGCUAAGCAAAUCUCACAUGCAAUGUAAUUACAAUAAGCGUAAUAUAAAAUAAAUAACUAUUAUUGGUAAAAGAUUCGAAUAAGCGUUCAUACACUAAAGAGUGUACUUAUUGCUAAAACUAUGACACAAGAGCAAUAACGCCUUUAACUAAUUCCAGUACAGCGUUCUCAAAAUAUAAAAAAGUGGGGAAAUAUAUUAAAAAAAACUAAAGCUCUUAAGGAAGAACUGUCAUUUGGAUAUAGCCUGGUUCUCCAACCACCUGACAAGGGUAGCUUCAAGAGCCGAGCCAAGACAGCUACUGUGCUGGUGCGUGCUGGCAUACAAUGGCAUACCCCUGCAUGGUGUUUGGCGUGUAAUUAAACGUGUGUAUGUGUGACUGAGAGAGUCAGCGGUGCAGAACUCCCGGUGAUUUACCAGAUGGGAGACGAGGCCAUUCCCUGUAACAACGUCAGCGAGCCGUGUUCAGAUGUUCAAGGUUAGCUGUUCAUGGUGAACAUUGUCACUUAAAGGUGUUCCUCUCUACCCGGGGUGGUUGCUUCGGAGGUGAGAACUCCACCAGUAGUGAACAGGUGGUUGGAAAUGCAGGUAAAGUGUUAAAGGUUCUCUUUAUUGAGUGAAACAACAACUCAAAUUUUAACUAGUAAAAGAGCUGAAAAGCGAGGUAAACUUUUUGGGACGUAGUGGAAAAAAAAGUAAUAAUUUUACUUUAAUAAAACGGUAAAACGUUAAAGUUUUACUUUGACGUUUUAAAACGAUUUAAACGUUAAAACUUAAAGUUAAAACGAUUUCGACUCGUGAAUCUAGCAGAAGCAAAAGCGUGUUUAUCCCGUUAAUAAGUGUGGUACAAGGAGUAAAUGUUCUCUCAUUUGGUGCAGCUGAGGUUAAACGUUUCAUUCUCGGAAACAUUUGUAAAUCUAACAACAGAUGAGCAUAGUGGCCUGUGAGCGGUGAUGAUUCUCUUUGCCCGGAAAAUGACGAGACGCGUUCUUAAGUGAACACAAAUGAAGUUUAAAUCCACCUUGAGACGUUAUCCGUGGCGUCGCAAGAAACAACCGGUCACCCCUGACCCAGACCCUACCGAGAGCCCAGCAGGUCACCUGAUAACAUCACCGGCGCGAGGCUACGACCCUACGCAACCCCUCACCCGGAAAGUUGACCCCGCUGCCUACAACGAAUUGGUGACCCCGAAGGACCCAGCUUUAGGAUUGGGCACGCCUGAUAAAAGCCAGAUUCUGGUGACCCUGAAGGACUCUGAUUUGGGGCUAAGAACUCCAGACAAAAACAAGGUCACGCUGACCCCAAGGGCCGCAACCCCGGGACUAGCCAGACCCGAGGACACUCACAUUGUGUAUACUGGUCGGCCCGUUGUCGUGUUGUGUCCCGCGAGCGAUGAAGAAAGCGACGACGACGAGUUCGGAGAGGUACGACAGGUGCCCAUCAACCUCUACUACGAUGCCUUUGGGAAUGCUAUUGACGACGAAGCAUGGGUUGGGGCAGGUGGGAGGAGGAGAAGCGGCGGUCCACCGCCCUCUGGGAGUGGGCCAGGGCCCUAUUAUCUCAGCUAUGGUCUGAAACAUGGCCCCGAUUGUCCGGAGUGCCUGGGAGACCUCAAGGCCCGCUACUGGGUAGAACGAGAGUGCCUGAGAAAUUACAAUGAAAGGAAAGUGAGCGAGGACGCCACGGGCUGCUACUGGGUGGAGAAAGACAUCUGGGGGCGGAGGGAGGCUGAGAUCACGCUGGGAGAGGUGAUGCACGAAGCCGAAAAUGAUGGUGAAGAGACGUUCAUUGGGAGAGCAGAUCGCGAGAGGCCGUUAGCCGUGGAGUGUGGCGGUGGGCGGAGCAUGUGGCAGGGUGUGGGGUGGGAUUUACCCCCACAUCCCACCCACUACUGUCCUCUCGUCACACACGACAACACGUCCUACGGAGCUCCUCAUCAGGAUGUGUUGUGGAUGUAUACCGACUACCCCAGGGUGGAGUGGGCGGGUGUGGGCGGGAUUGGGCGGCAAGCUGGGGUCGACUCAGGUGGUUCUUGCCAGUCUGUGGGUAGCGGUGUGACCGCGCGGACCUCCCCAGCACCUGCCCUGCUGCACACCUCUGCCACACCUGCCCUGCUGCACACAUCUGCCACACCUGCUCAGCUGCACACCUCUGCCACACCUGCCCAGCUGCGUACACCUGCCCAGCUGCAGCACACCUCUGCCACACCUGCCCAGCUGCAGCACACCUCUGCCACACCUGCCCAGCUGCAGCACACCUCUGCCACACCUGCCCAGCUGCAGCACACCUCUGCCACACCUGCCCAGCUGUACACCUCUGCCACACCUGCCCAGCUGCACACCUCUGCCACACACAGGAAGAGACAACAUCGCACCAGAAAUGACAAGAAACGUCAGAAGCACGUCAAGAGCGCUCGAGGCAUGAAACUGUGGAGCAGGCCAGGCGGAGGAGGUCCGUGUGACCGCCUCACGCAGAGCGAGCUGGCGCCCGCCUCGGACCACCUGUUUGAGGGAGGAUGUGGCGAGGGCGACGGAUCUCUUGCGCCACACCAUCUCACCACGGCCGGGGGCGCCACACUCCCGGGCCACACCCACAGCCACACCCUCACCCAUAUUGACUACGAUAGCCUGAGAUCCGGAUGGCAGCAACAGCUGGAGCGACAGCCUUAUGGCUACUAUAACGGGACAAGUGGGCAGAUGGACGCGGUGCUAUGCCCCAGCAGUGUCAUGCUGUCAUGCCCCAGCAGUGCCAUGGUGCCAUGCCCCAGCAGUGCUAUGGUGCCAUACCCCAACAGUGUCAUGGUGCCAUACCCCAGUAAGACCCAGGUGAUAUACUCCAGCAGUCCCAUGGUGCCAUACUCCCACACCGCCCUGCUUGACGAAACUUCCCUGCAGAAGCAGGCGCGGCGGGAGCGGAGGUCAGUAGGCGUGGAUGGGAGGCGUGAUGAGGGGGCGUGGCUUGGGGGUCCUGGUGAGGGGGCGUGGCCAGAGGGGCCGGCCGAGGGGGCGUGGCCUAGGGGGCCGGGUGGCCAGGCGAGCGGAACAUGUGGAGCACUGGGCCAGGCGGGUUCUCAGCACUCAGUCUCAGCGCGCGCCUUGCCACGUGCACACGCGCGCUCACGCACCAGGCGCCCCGUCACAAGUGUACACAGUGAAAUUAGUGCUAACGGUAACACUUACAGCAGUGAUAUUAAUACAAAUAAGACGAGUGCAGGCAAGAGUGAACUAUGGCCGCCGUACGUGAACGGUGUUUGUGAGGGCGAGUGUACCUGUGUCAUGCCCUGCAAAGUGUCGGGCAUUCCUGUGUAUCAGGGGCGAGGGGCGGACUCUCCCCGCAGCCCUCGGGAGGAUGUGCCCGUCGCAGCCCCUGCUGGAGUGGCCGCUGGCAGAGGUCGGGGGUCCGGACGCCGAGCCGCAGGCAACAGGUCGUCGGCGACCCCUUCGAGUCGCUCCCCAGCACAGGUUGGUCGAAGGGGCAGCUUCGAUACCCCAGUGUCGGCUCGAGGCGGCGCUGGUGUGGAGGGGGGAGUGGAAAACCACCCGCGGCGGGCUUCGCUGCCAGGCCCAGGGGGCGCCCUUCCUCACACGGCUGCUGGGGGGACCUCUGGAGUCUCCUCCUACCGAGCAAGAACCUCUCCCUCCCCUUCCAAUCGUUCCCCUGCUCGCGGAAUCUCGCCGGGGCUGGGGGCUCGAGCUCCUUCCCCAGCAGCCCCAAGGAAGACCCCCACUGCGGUGCGACGCCGGGAACCGCAAGUAGACCCCCGCACGCCACCCUCCACACCUCUGUCUCGUCGGCCACCCCCGCGAGCCGUGUACCAGGUGAGGUUGUCUCCUGGCGCCUCCUCCAGGGACUCACCACCCCUGCACAGAGAGAAGCCUAACUCCAAGCUUCCCGUCAUGGCUUCAAAACCCAGCAAGACUGAAGCAUGUCAGGGCUCGCCUCGGGUCUUCCCUCCACGACCGACCCCAGGAAGACCCGCACUUGGACACCGAACUGGGAAAGACCCAAUUAAAGAUCGAAUAAACGAUGACAGCAAAGGUGUGGGACAGACAGGUAUCAAGGUAGACACUACACAUAAGCCCGUUUCCCUGUCUAUGUCCUCGGGCUUCCCCGGCUCUUCUGAGGCUGAAGAGAACAGCAGCACGGGUGGAGGAGACACUUCCCAGGACCUGAGCGGCGUGUCGGUCGCACCAGCCACCGAUACUGCUACUGACCGACAAAACAAGACAACCGGAAGAGCCCCGACUGGCUCACGGUGUAGCUCUGCGUCCUAUCUUUCCAGAACUCUUUCCCACCCAGAGAAGUCGCCAGGGUUGCUACGCCCAGGAGGCAACAGGCUGACAUCGUCAGCGUCACGACUCGCUACCUCCCGGUGUAACACAGGUGAUACUGCGAAAGUCAGCGACUCUAAACUGGAGCGGACGUUGAGUGUCAGCUCUUCACACCUCACGCCCAAGACGAGUCUCACUCGUACGUACUCUGGCCCCAAGAGCUCUUUAGCUUUUGGAGAUGGUGCUAACCGGGCCAGGAUCGUCAGAAGGGUCAUGAGCGGUAGUCGAACCAACCUCAGCAAGAAGAAAUCGAGCUCUAAGAAUGCAUUAGCUGUCGGUCGCCACAAUCUAUACAACCGAACCAAAUGUGGUUCUAAGAAUUCUUUGCUGGGCUCAAGGAACAAUCUAUUUAGAGCAAGUCUUGAUUCCCAGAGAACGGAAAGUACUACAGAUUCUGGCUGCAACUCCCCUCUUUACGGAAGUCAGUGUUCCCUGGAUGGGGAGCGGAGGGGCAGCAGUUCAUCCCCUUGUUCAAGCCUCGUCAGGAAGGUUGGAUCAAAUUCUUUAGCUUCAAUGAUAUCAAAAUCAAACGGUGAUAAAAUCAACAACGCAGAUAUAAAAACCACGGAAAACAAGGCAGAAUGUCCACCACCACCACCACCACGCUCGCCCAUAGAGACACCUGAUCGCCCACUUCUCCCUAGAGCCGACCCUGAUUCACACCCCGUAAUCAGGGAACCUGACGUCAUUACCAAGGAUGUGAUGAGAGUUUCAAAAAUUGGACGGUCAGUCGUCGAGGUAUGUGAUACUAUGGAUCACAAGGUUAAUAUUGUCCACGCUCAUUCUCUCAGUAGCAGUGAGUUACUGGACAGACGGAACAAGUCAUCAGUGUUGGUGAAGCGGUCGCUUAGUCUACAAUUUCCGAGUGGCUGUAAACCCUGCCCUCCUCCUAAACCAUCUUUGUGCGACAUUCGGGCCAGUAGCAGUUCACGAAUCACCUGUGAUGAAAGAAUCGAGGACGAAGGUAAAGAGAAUCGACCUCUACCUGGUAUUAAUGUCUCAUUUCUGUCCAUCUCGACCCGACAGCUUUCAAGAUGUGACAGUGUGAAGAGUCUCACGGGAGCCAACAAGAGGGACGCAGAGACUAAUAGAGACAAGAAAGAAGUUACCAAGGUCUCUAUCGUGGCAGAACCUAAAACAAUGGAGGAAAAGGGCAUUCAAGUCGAGGCCUCGAGCAGUGAGGAGGAGACAGAAGGCGAAUAUGACGACGACGACGAAGAAGACGAAGAAGAAGGGAAGGAGGAUGAGAGAAAUGAGAGCAGGUGUGGGACAAGUAAACAAAACGGUCCAGGUGAGGAAAUAUCGUCAAUUCAAUCUCAGGCUGGGGAUGACUACGCCAGAAGCCCCCCGGGAACACCCCAGCCCGGGCCCUUCGCGAUGAGGGAGGGGAGGGACUGCCAGUCUACUCUGAAGAGGGUGAGUAAGAACACCAUAGUUCACAUCUCCAGGGGGCACAAGACGCAAACAACUCGCAAAAUAGAAUGUCUGAGCGAAAUCGAGGAUAACCGGAGCAACGAAAAGAAAGUGAGUUUGGGGGACGGGGAAAACCACUUAAUUCAGCGUCUGGAGACCUCCUUAGCUGACAUAAUAGACUCCGCGGUGCUAAAAAACCUGAAAAUGAACGGAAAUAUUCUGUCGGACCAGUUUGACGCUAUCAUUGCUACGCUAAAGAAAGUAGCGGCGUCAGUGGACUCUGGUGAACCAGACUUCUCGCCAAUCAUCCGCAGAAACUCGGAAUGUGGGUUGAGGGCGGUGCCCAAGACGCUGUUGUCCCCCUCCACGCCCCUCACACGUUCCCCAAAACCCCUCACACCCACCUCCACGCCCCUCAUACGUUCCCCAACACCCCUCACCCCCACCUCCACGCCCCUCAUACGUUCCCCAACACCCCUCACACCCACCUCCACGCCCCUCAUACGUUCCCCAACACCCCUCACACCCACUUCUAUGUCAUCCUCCUCUUCCUCGUCCAUGAGUGCCGUGAGCCCCUCCACCCCUCGGACACCUCCAGCUAAAACACCACUGUCACUGUUUUCCAUCAACGAGGGCUAUCCUGGACAGGCGGGCACGGCCUCCGUCUUGCCUAGGGGCAGGAAGCUCUCCCUCUCGCGUGACUCCUUUCAAGACAACUCCCCCACCCUAGGGGACCUGGCUCGUAGGCUGCACGCUAACCCUAACCACCUCAGGGCCGACCAGGACUAUGUGGAUGUCGUAGACUUGGACCAACCUUACGUCAGCCCGGCGCCGAAAGGAGUGAGCACAAACGAACUAAUUAGAGAUGGAGCCUCAACAAAGGUUCACGGUAGGAAGAAUAGCACAGGGUCUCUGGGUCUCUCCUCCUGUGCGUCUCUUCUAAGAGACAACUCUUACUACGCAGAAGGACCCACCACCACGGCUAGUGUCACCAAUCUGAACUCCUCAGAAGAUUACAAAAAUACGUUUGCAUCUCAGCAGCAUUCGUUUAGGAAAGUUAACAGUACUUCCAACGUUAACGGUGCGGCUCCGAAUGGGUCACAUCGCUUGUUCCAGCGCCAUCUGUCGCUUUGCGGUCCCGACGAUGUCUAUGGAGAGAAUAGACUGCGCAAAAGCUUGUCUAAAAGUCGAGAGUUGCUGAGCCAAUUAGAGAAUGAAUACAAGAAAAUUAAGGGAGAUGAGAAUAAGAGUGCCCGCAAUUCUCUUGUCAUAGAUCAAAGUUGGCUUGACAAAGACUUCGAUGAACUUCUCCAGACACUGUCUAAAGACAAGACAAUCCAUUCGGAUCCCCAUGAGGCACUAGCCUUCCUAACGAACAACAAUGUCAACACCACCGCUUCAACCGCCUUUACUAACAAGAAUGACAAGUGGAGGACCUGCAAGAAAGACAUACCACCUCUGCCGCUAGCUGACAGUCCGAGUGCGAGGCGCCACCAGAGUCAAGUAGGAUCUGAGGGUCGCCAUAUCUUCUCGUUCUUCCAAAAGAAAGGUCGGAGUCAAUCACUCUCCGGCACGGAAGCGAUCAAGAUAACUCUGCCCGCAACACCGGAGAACGGGCCCCAGGGAGCCCUGCACCGGGAUACUACCGCCCCGGGGCCGCGGAGGGUCACUUACGAGAGCGCGACGUUAGAUCGUCCUGGACGAACUAACCGAAGUAACAGCAUCCCGUCGGCGUCGCCACAGGCCUUCGCCGGGACUGCGUUACCGCCCGAACUCGUUGGUAUCUUCAAGAGUCGGAGCAAAUCCCUGUCCAAACCCGUUGGUACAGAAAGCCAGGUGGAGAACCAGACGGAGGAUCGGGUGAAGGACGCAGGAGAGGAGAUGCGUGACGAGGACGAGGACGAACCAGCGAAACAGAUGCGCUCUCUCUCCCUGCCCAAGUCCUUCCUCUCUGACAAAUACGGACUGACCGGCUUCAAGGCUGCCCUCCCAAGCGUGAUCUUCCCGUGGAGGCGAGGAGAGCAGAGCCGGGGGUCAGGCCGGAGGAGCCCCUCCCCGAGCGACACGCCCUCCCUGGCACCCUCCCCUCGCAGCACCCCGACCCCACCCCUCCACCCCACCAAUGGACCCCAGAACCUCUCCGCCGCCGACCCCAAGCGAAAAGUAAGUACUGAUGCCGUUUUCUGUGUGCCUUUAUUGACCUUGAGAUGA